CCGCGUCAGCGUUCGCCGUCUGAAGGAUGCGCUCCAACUUCUUCUCUUCACUCGAGCGAGUCGAAAAGCGACUCAAACUCGACCGCCCCCGCCGCCGCCAAACGCCGCAAACCACUGCUUCGUCACCACUCGACCAUUCUCCGGCAUCCCCUCUCCACCUUCUCUCCUCCCUACCCUACCACCACCACCACCACCACCACCAAGCCCUCGAUCCUCCCCCUCCUCCUCCUCCUCCUCUUCAAGAUAGCAGCGAAGCACCAGAGGCGUUCCUCUCUUGCUCUCCCCAGUUCCAUUCUCCGCCCGAAUCUCCUCCGCCGCCGGCGACGGAGAUCGACGCCGAUUCGGCCGACGACAUCGACCGCUUGAUGCGGAUGCUCGGUCUGGGGAACCGCGAGCCGAAGUCUCGUGGAGGAGGAGGAGCGGGCUGCGGAGACGCCGGGGCUUGCGAGUGCGAGGGAGGGUUCUACGAGCGAAUCGCCGGCGUGAAGGGGCCGAAGUGCCCGAAGGAGGCAGAGAGACUGGAUCGGUGGAUUGAGUGCUUUUUGAACGGCCGCGGCGGUGGUGAUGGGGAUGAGAGGGUGGAGCCGUUGAGGUUGGUGCAUCUGCUUCUGGGUAAAGCCGCGUCUGUCUGCGAGGGCGGUGGAUGCGGUUCUGAAAUUGUGAUGAAGGAAGCUAGGGACAAGCAGCUGGAUUCUCUAAUGUGAUUAGGAUAUCCAAUGCAACCAGGACCUCAUCAAUGUCUGGUCGGUUUGCCGGAUCUGGAGAAGUGCACUGAUGAGCCAGUUGGAAGAGCUUUUCUAUGGUUUCCUGCUGCUCCUUGGAAACAUUCGCAGCUAGAAG